CUACCCCUGUCCACCAUGCCUAAAGGAAAGAAGGCCAAGGGGAAGAAGGUGGCACCGGCCCCUUCUGUGGUGAAGAAGGCAGAAGCCAAGAAGGUGGUGAACCCUCUCUUUGAGAAGAGGCCAAAGAACUAUGGCAUCGGUCAGGAUAUCCAGCCCAAGAGGGAUCUGACUCGCUUUGUCAAAUGGCCCCGUUACAUCAGACUUCAAAGGCAGAGGUCCAUCCUGUACAAACGUCUUAAGGUCCCACCUGCAAUCAACCAGUUCACCCAGGCUCUGGACCGUCAGACAGCCACUCAGCUCUUCAAGCUGGCCCACAAAUACAGACCUGAAACCAAGCAGGAGAAGAAGAAAAGGCUGUUGGCCCGUGCUGAACAGAAAGCUGCUGGCAAAGGGGAUGUCCCCACCAAGAGACCCCCAGUUAUCCGAGCAGGUGUCAACAGCGUCACCACUCUGGUGGAGAACAAGAAGGCUCAGCUCGUUGUGAUUGCACACGAUGUGGAUCCUAUUGAGCUGGUUGUCUUCUUGCCUGCUCUGUGCCGUAAAAUGGGUGUCCCCUACUGUAUCAUCAAGGGCAAGGCUAGACUGGGCCGCCUGGUACACAGGAAGACCUGCACCAGUGUUGCAUUCACACAAGUCAACCCUGAGGACAAGGGAGCACUUGCGAAACUGGUGGAAGCUGUCAAAACCAACUACAAUGACAGAUACGAUGAGAUCCGUCGUCACUGGGGCGGUGGAAUCUUGGGUCCCAAAUCUGUGGCCCGCAUUGCCAAGCUUGAGAAGGCAAAGGCCAAGGAACUCGCCACAAAGUUGGGUUAAAUGUACCGAGCGUGUCCUCUUUGUUCUGUACAUAAAGAAUAAAAACUACUUAAAAAAAUAAAAAAAAA